AUGGCGCCAUCGCCCAGGACCAGCAGCCGGCAAGAUGCGACCGCCCUGCCCAGCAUGUCCUCAACUUUUUGGGCGUUCAUGAUCCUGGCCAGCCUGCUCAUCGCCUACUGCAGUCAGCUGGCUGCCGGCACAUGUGAGAUUGUGACCCUGGACCGGGACAGCAGCCAGCCUCGGAGGACGAUCGCCCGGCAGACGGCUCGCUGUGCCUGCAGGAAGGGGCAGAUCGCGGGCACCACGAGAGCCCGGCCCGCCUGCGUGGACGCUCGAAUCAUCAAGACAAAGCAGUGGUGUGACAUGCUCCCGUGUCUGGAGGGCGAAGGCUGUGACCUGCUGAUCAACCGGUCAGGCUGGACGUGCACACAGCCCGGCGGGCGGAUAAAGACCACCACGGUCUCCUGACAAACGCAGCCCCAGAGGGGCCCCGGGAGUGGCCACACCUCAGCCACGGUCCUCUGUCUGCCGUGGACUCCACCUGUUGUCCGCUCUCUGCCCGCCCUCCGUCUCUCUGUAGCCCGCCCGUCAAGGACGGCCCACUUCCUUGGCGUCCUGAGCUGAGCGUGUCCGCCACAGCGAGGAGUCUGGCCUGGGCCACACAGCGGGGGCCACGCUGGGCAUCUGUGGCAGCCUGGCUUCACCCGCCCUCCCUGGCCGCGGCCUGGGCUGUGCUCUCCGAGGAGGACGAGGUGGCAGCCACAGGGGCGACCACCCAGCCAGCCCGGGAGAGGAGGACAGCGCCGGGCCCAGGGGAGCACGGGCCCUCGGGCUCAGAAGAGGCCUCUCCUCGCCCCCCAGACUGUGCGAAUCACUUUUAUUUUCGUACCCUUUCAGUAUACCCAAUAGACCAAAGAGCAAAAUCUAUUUUAACUUGGACUCGCCCUCACCGUCAGAGUCCCUGGGUUCGCCGGGGGGACGCGGGGGCAGAGACAUGCCGGCGGCCCCGGUGGGACGCGGAGGGCGGCCCCAGCACAGGUGUCACCACCACGAACACUGCGGGGCGCACUGAGAGGGGCCGAGC